AUGUUCCAAGCAGUCCUGACUGCUGCUCAAGAUCUCCAGACUUAUCACUCCGUCCUUAAAGAUCGCAAAGUGAACUCAAACGAGAUGUUUCCGUCGCACCGUAGUUGUUAUCCUACGCCGUACAUGUGUCAGCCAUCUUUUCACCCAGCUUUACCGAGCUAUACUUCAGCAUUUUAUCCUCAAUGGAGUCGAGCUGGCUUCGCUCUGAACUGCCAUGGCGGAGGAAUAUUCUUCCGUGAACAAGAGCCACUCCCAAAACCUCCUUACUCAUAUGUGGCUCUUAUCUCCAUGGCCAUCAAACAAGCGCCAAACGAAAAAAUUACACUCAGUGGAAUUUAUCAGUUUAUCACGGAGAACUUUCCGUAUUAUCGCCUUAACAAACGAGGCUGGCAAAAUAGCAUUCGACACAACUUGUCGUUAAACAAAUGCUUCGUGAAAAUACCUCGCGAGCGCUCCGAUCCCGGAAAGGGAUGCUACUGGAGUUUGGAUCCGUCUUACGAGGAAAUGUUCGAGGAAGGAAAUUUCCGAAGAAGGCGAAGGAGACAGAGAAACUACCGCGGAAAGGAGGAUGAAGAUGACGAAGGAGAUGAAGACAAUGGAAUUUCGACAGAGUUGGAGGCAUGCUCAAAGGAGAACGACAGUUUGCAAGGACACGCCGCUAAAAACCCUCUAAAGCAAGAUGGACGAGCCGUAAAGACGACUGCUCAAGACUUAAUUCAUUCACCUUCGGCAAAAAGUCCUUGUAUGGAGGAUUCUUCCACGGGCGAUCAAAGCGAAGCGCAGAGAAACAUACCUGUAAAUCAGGUGAAGCAAGAGCCUUGCGCAAUAGAGCCAAUUCACCCUUUUAGUAUUGUAAACAUAUUAGGGAAUAAGCAAGCGAAAGAGAGGAGGGAACAGAUAAUGAACGAAACCACCUCGAUAAACGAGAACACUGUCGGAGCGCAGACGGUUUCAGAUUUGGUUAAGAUUUCAUCUUCACGCGUAGACGGGAAUUUUCCUGCUCCAAGAUUCAGCGUUCCCACAGACUACAGCAGUCCUGUGAAGGGAUUCUGUAACAAUUGCACAGCUUUAACCUGUAACAGCACAGGAAUAAACCCUCAUUCUCUCAACGUUUACAGUUCAGUUUGGACUGUUCCUGGUUCGCCGCGUUCGAGCGGAUUGUGUAGUCAGUGUACCUGCCUGAACUGCCGUACUCUUGGUUACUAA